CUACCUCAAAUACUUAUAUAUAUAUAUAUAUAUGCACAUGAAUUAGCCAAGCAUAUUCACCAAAUCUCUUAGAUCAUACAAAGUGUAGGCACAAGGAACAUGGAUCAUCAAAUUAGAGCCAUGCAAUAUGCAAUCAAGAUUGCAAUCAUCUUUUCUCUCUUCAUCUCCCAAAAUCUUGCACAGGUGCAACAACAACAAUGCAUGAACGAGCUUCAGCCGUGCCUAAACUAUCUCAACGAAAAAUCCCGGCCACCGGAAAGUUGCUGCCAGAAUCUCGAUUAUGUUAUUAAGUCAAUGCCCGAGUGCCUGUGCUCUUUGAUAAGCGUCCAGGGUGCCAAUCAAGCUGAGCAGGCGGGCAUCAACGUCACUGAGGCACAGACGCUGCCGGGAAGAUGCGGGCAACGUAUUAACCCGUUAGGGUGCGUGACGGGCACGCCCGAUACGAGAUCUAGGAAUACGAUUCAAAGUUCUAGCAGCUUGAAAUUAAUGUCUUGGAGUUUGGCUGUGUUUGUUGCUGCAAUAUUUGUAAUUUUACUGGAGUCGUAGUAGUAUAUGAUUGUGGUGUUGAAGUCUUGUAUGUGCGGAAGAUUAAAUUUCUGUUAUGAGUGUAGUGUAUCAUGUUUGAAUUCAUUCUUUUAACAAAUAAU